GUCAUGACAAGACAGCGCAUCACCCUCCUCACCCCCCUGGCUCUGCUGGGACUCCUCGCAGGGCUGGUAGACCUUAGCCAUGGCUCUGCUCAUGAGGAUGAGGAUUACUACAUGCAGGAGCUGCUGACAAGAGAGCAUAUCAACCAGUUCCAGGAGAAGCCUGUGGCCUCAAUACCUGAUAGGUAUGAGCCGCCCAGCCCAAAACCUGCAAAGAAAGGGACCAAAGGAAAGGCAGACAGCAGCAGGCAGACUAAAACCACAGCUAAUUCAAAAGCAGUUAAAACAGCCAACAAGAAGGCUGAGAAGACCAAGAAUGGUGCCUUGAAAACCCCAAACAGCAUAUCUGAAGGAGAAGGACAAUAUAACUCAAUAAAAGCGGAAUGCCCUCCCAUGGGACUGGAGACAUCGAAGAUUGAUGAUUUCCAGCUUCAUGCUUCAACCACGAAACGCUACGGCCUCGGUGCACACAGAGGUCGUCUCAACAUUCAGGCUGGCAUCUACGAAGAUGACCUAUAUGACGGGGCCUGGUGCGCCGGGAGAGAUGACCCGCUGCAGUGGUUCGAGGUGGACGCCCGGAGACUGACCAAGUUCACGGGGGUCAUCACUCAAGGCAGAAGCUCCCUCUGGUCGAGCGAUUGGGUGACCUCAUACAAGGUCAUGGUGAGCAAUGACAGUCACACCUGGAUAACACUGAAGAACGGCUCAGAGGACAUGAUCUUCACUGGCAACAGGGAAAAGGAAAUCCCAGUCCGGAACAUCUUCCUAGUCCCAGUGCUCGCCAGAUACAUCCGAGUUAACCCUCGCUCCUGGUUUCGCAACGGACACAUCUGUAUGAGAGUGGAGAUCCUUGGCUGUCCUAUGCCAGAUCCAAAUAAUUAUUACCACAGACGCAAUGAAGUCAUAACAACGGACGACUUGGACUUCAGACACCACAGCUACAAAGAAAUGAGGCAGCUUAUGAAGGUAGUCAAUGAAAUGUGCCCUAAUAUCACCCGGAUCUAUAACAUAGGAAAGAGCCACAGUGGCCUCAAGCUGUACGCCAUAGAGAUUUCUGACAACCCAGGAGAGCAUGAAGUUGGUGAACCAGAGUUUCGUUACACUGCAGGUUCCCAUGGCAACGAGGUGCUAGGACGUGAGCUGCUCCUCCUUCUGAUGCAGUUCAUGUGUCUGGAGUAUCUGUCCGGCAACCAGCGCAUACGUCAUCUGGUGGAGGAGACCAGAAUCCAUCUGCUGCCAUCCGUCAACCCCGAUGGGUACGAGAAAGCCUUUGAAGUGGGUUCAGAGCUCAGCGGGUGGUCUCUGGGUCGAUGGAACAGUAAUGGAAUAGACAUUCACCAUAACUUCCCAGAUCUCAACUCCAUACUGUGGGAAGCCGAGGUUAAGAAGUGGAUCCCUCGCAAAAUGUUCAACCACCGUGUGCCCAUCCCAGAGUGGUACCUGUUCAAAAACGCAUCAGUUGCCGUGGAGACAAGGGCUCUGAUCGCAUGGAUGGAGAAGUUGCCCUUUGUGCUUGGAGGAAACAUCCAGGGAGGGGAGCUGGUGGUGACCUUCCCUUACGACAAAACUCGCUCCCUGGGGGUGGGCAGGGAGCAGACCCCCACCCCAGAUGACCACAGCUUCCGCUGGCUGGCCUUCUCCUACGCCUCCACCCACCGCCUCAUGACGGCAGCCAACCAAAGGGUUUGCCACACAGAGGAUUUUGCCAAGGAGGACGGCACCAUCAACGGAGCGUUGUGGCACACCGCGGCUGGCAGUAUGAAUGACUUCAGCUAUUUGCACACAAACUGCUUUGAGUUGUCGAUGUAUGUGGGUUGUGACAAAUUCCCUCAUGAGAGCGAGCUGCCUGAGGAGUGGGAGAACAAUCGAGAGUCUCUUCUUGUCUUCAUGGAGCAGGUGCAUCGUGGGAUCAAAGGCGUGGUGAGGGAUCUGCAAGGUCGCGGAAUAGCAAAUGCCACCAUCUCUGUGGAGGGCAUCAGCCACGAUAUUCGCACAGCUUCUGAUGGCGAUUACUGGCGUUUGCUGAACCCCGGGGAGUACAGGGUCACAGCCAGGGCCGAGGGCUACAGCCUCAGCAGCAAGAAGUGUGAGGUGGGCUACGAGAUGGGCGCCACCACCUGCAACUUCUUCAUUGGCCGCACAAAUCUGUCACGGAUCAAAGAAAUAAUGGAGAGAUUCAACAAGCAGCCAAUCAGAGUGCCCGCCAGGCAGCUCCAAACUCGCAGGUCCAGAGAGAGCCGCAUGGAAACACAAUGACUGUUUGAGGAAGAAUUAAAAACAACAUCUGCUCCGAUCAGACUGGGGUCAACUUCAAGGGUUGGACCUCUUUCAUAUACCUCUGAAAUGUUGUCAGUGGAGUUAGAGUUGAAGAAUAACAAUGUGGAUUAAUUUAAACAGGAUGCUUCAUUUUCCCUUUUUUGGGGGGCUUUCAAUUUAUUAUAAUACUAUAAAUAUCACCUUGACCAUCAUGAAAUCAACCAUAAAUGACAGUAUAUUAGCACACCUCUUAAGCCCCAGUGACCCUUCGGUGGGUCCGAAACCACAACAUCUGCAAGCAAUAGUGUCUGAGGGCUUCUUAAGAUUUA